AUGAGCGAUAUGAAUAUCUUGACAAGAGGUGAAGAAGAGAAACUUGUUCAAUCCUUGAAAACGAACGCGCUUAAAAAAUGUGCACCACAAAUUCAAGAGUUUGUGGAGUGUAGUUCUGGUAGAAUGAUCUCUGUUGUAUGGGCCUGUCGCAGUAAACUAAAACUAAUGAAUUCGUGUUUAAAAAAUUUUACUACUGAAGAAGAACGCGAUAAAUUAAAAUUGAAGUAUAUUGCUAGUCGGAAAAAUCAGUGA